GAGUAUCGUUUUGCUUGUCCUCGUGGUCAGACGUUUCGUGAUUCCAUUGGCGAAAUCAUAUUAUUUCUCGCCGAUACCAGCUCGACCUCCAAAAUUUUGUCUGAUAUUUGCGAUGCAAAGACGAUUUAAAAAGAUAGACAGUUUAAUAUAAAAUCUGUGAAUAUAAAGAAAAUUUUAUCCAUCCAACAUUCUCAUCAUUUCUGUUUCAAAGAAGUUACACAAAAUAAAGCUUAGGGUUCAUAUAAACAGCCGUGAUGAUCACAGAGCGACCCUCAGUAUGGGUAUUUAAACGAGGCUUAAACGAGACAGAACGUUUUGCGACAUCGUGCGACGAGCGACGUUUCCCACGUCGACGAUCCACUAAGAGUGAAAACGUGAUCUGAAAUUGGUGAAUCUGUGAGGCAGAAAAUCUUCAGUGUGAGAGGCGUAACUGACAAUUUGAUUAAACUGAAUUAUUGAAACACAAUGGGAAAGAUAAUGUUUUCAUCGGUCACUGGAAAGCAGCAAGUACUGAUGCUGUUUCUACUCGAAAUUAUCCUAAUCGCGAUAAUAGGGACAACGAUGACGUACGGUCCAGAGGCGAAUGCUAAUUUGCUAAAAAAUCACACUGGCACCAACAAAUCCGGACAAACCAAGAAACCGGAUGACGAUCCAUUACGAAUUUAUCCAAUGUAUCAAGAUGUCCACGUGAUGAUUUGGAUCGGUUUUGGCUUUCUGAUGACGUUCCUCAAGAGGUACAGCCAGAGCGCUGUUGGCUUGACCUUCCUCAUAGGCGCGAUUCUCGUCCAGGUGGCUUUAAUCUGCGACGGCAUGUUGCACUUGAAAUUAGGCAGCCCGGCCCCUCUUUCAUUAGGAAGUUUGCUUAGCGCCGAUGUUGCUGUUGCUACACCGCUUAUCUCCAUGGGAGCAAUUUUAGGUAAAGUGACCUAUAUGCAACUGGUGUUAAUGGGGAUAGUGGAAUUAAUCAUGUUCACCGCUAAUAAGUAUGUGGGCGAGCAUCUGUUCAUGGUUGUUGACGCUGGUGAUAGUAUGUUUGUUCAUGUGUUUGGUGCAUAUUUUGGAUUGGCAAUUAGUUUUGUACUCGGAAUGAAGGAUAAACCGGAGGAGCAUGAUCUGGAGGGAUCGUCUUAUCAGUCAGACGUUUUCGCCAUGAUUGGUACGGUGUUCUUAUGGCUAUUUUGGCCGUCAUUCAAUAGUGCUGCGUUGACAGGAGAUGAUCAACAGCGUGCUAUAAUCAAUACUCUGCUAUCAAUAUCCGCGAGCUGCGUGAUCACGUUCGCCGUGUCGGCAUUGGUUUCCAAGGACAAAUUCAACAUGGUGCACGUACAAAACUCAACCCUAGCUGGAGGCGUAGCUAUUGGCACAGCUGCAGGUAUGAUGUGUCAACCAGUGGGUGCUUUGGCCAUUGGCGCUAUAUCUGGUAUGAUUAGUGUGCUGGGAUACAAAUAUCUUACGCCAAUUAUACAAAAACGUUUUCAUAUCCAUGACACUUGUGGGGUACAUAAUUUACACGGAAUGCCGGGUGUACUGGCUGCAUUUUUCGGGGCUCUUAUGGCAGGCUUGGCCACGGAAGCCUCUUAUAGUUACGCCCUGUAUGAAAUCUUUCCUGCACGAGCGCCAAGCUCAGAGGCAGAAAUUGGCAAGAUGCGCAAUUAUGGAAUAUCACCGGGACUCAAUAGGACGGCGUAUCAGCAAGCGGGAUAUCAAUUACUGGCUUUGGCGGUCACCCUUGCGAUCUCCAUUGUUUCUGGAUUAAUAACAGGUAUACUUUUACGCACAAUGAUAUGCGGACGGGUCACCGAGCAACAGAAAUUCGAUGAUGUGGUUGUCUGGGAAUUGAAAAGUGAAUUUCAGCACGAGAUCGGAACAAAUAGAAUUGAUAACACACGUUUCAACAAUCAUAUAGCCAUGGGCAACAUUCAACAUGUGGAUAUAAGCAAUAUAUAAUGAAAUAACAUUGUUUGAAAUCAACGUGUAAAUAGAGAGAGAGAUUGUAUAAGUGCGGCAGCCAAGCGUUCGUAUUGUGGUAGGUCGACACACGCGGAUAUGUGUGCGCGAAGUAGGACCGCGUAGUAACCCAGGCGCUCGAGAACGGUCGAGCGCGGUCUUCCCGCGCGCUUGCGUAAGGAUAUCGGGAGGGGCGUGCAGCCCGGGCGAGCGAGCCAUUCGUUACCUAGAUCGCGAGCACGAAGCAUCGUGCACUGUUGCUAAGUUAGCUAUAAAAUUGCGUCAUCUUUUGAGUAUCGAGUCAUUACGUCGUGAAUUGCCUAUAAGUGUUUCGUGAUAUAUUAUUUACUUCAAAUAUCUGACUCAACGAGAGAUACGAUCGUCACCGAGAGGAAUCCAGGGAUAUCCGUACCGGCGAGCCAUGUCGGCACGUGGAAAGAAGGAAGGCCGCCAGUUGCUGCAACGUUCGAGAGAGCCUUUUCGACAGGAAUCACGAGCCCUUGCGAAAUCAUGAAUAUACGAAAGAGAUAAGGAUUGAGCCUUUUAUAUAUAUAUAUUCAUUGUGUGAACAUCUGAGGGGAUGUUAUCGUCUAUGAAAGGUAACCUGUUUAACUAUACUUUAGUGGAAACGUUAGACUUUCGUCUAUCGUUACAGAAAGGGAACGUUAGACCUUCGUCUACCGUUGCGAGAGAGAUAAUCAAUCCUCUCAGAGAUCACGAGAGCAAUUGAGAGGAAAACUUCCUCACUUUUUUGAACAGGACAAUAGAGGUUAUCUCGAGUCUUAUUAGUAUACUGAGCUCAGUCUAAAGUAAAAUCAUUAAUGUGCGGUUGCAACCAUUUUCGUGAUAAGUAAAAAGAAAGACGUUAUUUCUUAUUUGUGCGAUUGUUCCUUUAUCAUUAAUCAGACAAUUUUCUUAUAGUUUGUUAUGUUACUUUGCGAACAUUCUUUACAUUCACGUGUAAUAAUUAUUCAAUGAAACUGCGUUCCUUGCGAAACAUAUAAAUCGUCUCGUGCGUUAUUAUCGAACUACUGAUUAUUCAUUUCAGUGCGUUUCUAUAAGAAUUGUUUCUCCUUGAUUUAAUAAUUGUUCUACUAAAUAUUUUGCGAAUUAUUUCUCAUGGAUUUGAUAAUGAUAAUUAUUCUACUAAGUAUUUUGCGAAUUCUGACUGAUCAAAUCUUCCGUUUAUGCUAAUAUGAAUUAAUGUGUCGAUCCAAACCAUAAGGCCUAUGAAUGUUAUAUAUUGAGAAAUUCUUAUACUUUAUCUUUUUUGUAUUGAAUACAUGAUUUUGCUGAAAGAGAAUUAUUUGUUCUAGGACCAAUUUUGAUAUAUGGUAAAUUGUAAAAGGCCAAUGAAAGUAAUUGAUAUUCAGAACUCAAAGAUUGAUACAUUUAUUCAAUAACUAUUUCAAUUAUGUUUGAACUGAACUUAUAUUCUGAUUGAUUUGCUUUAUUUGUUAAACAGUCCUCUCCUGAAAUUACAUGCUCCUUUUUAUUUUGACUACGUCAAUA